UCUUGAUGCGUUCAAGUAAUAUUUGACAUGUCCCGUCCUGGAUCUUCCCAAGUGGCAGUCCCCCAUUCACGUGCAUUGUCUUUGGUAACCUGACCCUACAUAUGUACAAAAAUUGAAAGUGGUCAUGAUGUUUUCUCUGAACCUUGCCCUGCUGCUCUUGCAGGCUUCCCCAGCGAUCCUCACCCACUCAGAGCCUGUGGGCUUGUCCGGUGGCACAAUCAAUGAUGAUGCCUAUAGUCAACUACAAAAGCUUUUCGAUUCAGCACGGUCAACUGCAGUGGAUGCUCUCCAAAAGAGAAGCGCUGGCUGCACUGGAGACAAUCUGAGGAUUCGCAAGGAGUGGGAUGCGUACGAUACAGAUGAGAGGAAGGACUAUAUCAGGGCAGUCACAUGCCUGCAGUCCAGGCCUGCUCACACUCCAUCAGAACUCGGAACAGGCAUUAAGACAAGAUACGAUGACUUCAUUGCCACCCAUAUAAAUCAGACCAGCACCAUUCACUACACUGCAACUUUUCUAUCAUGGCAUCGGUAUUACAUCCACCUGUUCGAGGAAGCAUUGAGGGACGAGUGUGGAUACCAGGGGAGCCUGCCGUACUGGAACUGGCCCAAGACCGCCAUCACGGGGCUACAUGCCUCCCCAAUAUUCGAUGGCAGUGAGACGUCACUGUCUGGAGAUGGCUACUUUAUCCCAAAUAAAUCGGACAUCAACGCCGCAGGCAACAAUCCGGAUCUCGAGCCGUUCUGGGUCCCAGCAGGCAGCGGAGGCGGCUGCGUAAAGUCGGGCCCCUUCUCGAAUUACACAUUGAAUCUGGGUCCCAUCGGCCUCGCCCUCCCUGGCGGCGUGUUCGUCGAGAAUCCACACAACGGAUCCGGCAUCUUCUCCUGGAACCCACGCUGCCUCAAGCGGGACCUGACCGACUACAUCAACCAGAAAUUCGCCAAUGCGAGCAGCGUGCUCGACGUCGUCCUGUUGUAUGACGAUAUUGACACCUUCCAGCUUCUGUUCCAGGGCUGGCCCGCGGCGCUGGUGGAAGGCGGUACCACAUUGGGCGUACAUGGUGGAGGCCACUUCUCGCUGGGCGGAGACCCCGGCCGUGAUCUGUUCGUCUCGCCUGGCGACCCUGCCUUCUACUUGCACCACUCAAUGAUGGACCGCGUUUGGUGGCUGUGGCAGAUGCAGGACCCCGACUCGCGUGUUUGGGGCAACAAUAGUAUCGCCGGAACUGGAACAUUCCUCAACAACCCACCCAGCCCAAAUGUGACUGUUGAAGACUAUGUGGAGUAUGGUUAUGCUGCAGGCCCGCCGAGACAGAUCAAAGACUUGUUGAGCACGACUGCAGGGCCAUUCUGUUAUAUAUAUGAGUAGUUGUGGUGAACUGAACAGGCCAAGAGCUGUUCAACGUCCAACAAUGAAGAACUCGACUGAGACAUGCUACUAUUUAUUUCUGGCUGGGGCAAGCUUGGCCAGAUUCUGCUUGAACCACAAGACUGAGUCGAGACUGAAUAGCAAGCAUUAUUCCUUGUAGUACAGCAACUAAGAAGUGAGAACAUUUGGACGAACAAGUCUCGGCUGACCGAUCUCGUUACGUUGUGGUUAGUCUUGCUUCAUACCUAGGUAGCAGAACCGGGCUCUCCCCC